AUGCCUAACCCGAGCAUGCAAAUCACCGAUGAUGACGAAAUAAGUUUUGAGCUUGAGAACAGGCCUGUGACGGAGAGUUGCGAUGUCUUACGGCGUAAGAUACGCACCUUGAUCGACAAUGGCGAAAUGAAAGUGGGCGAGUUCCAAAAGGCAGUUGGCAUUACCCCCAAUGCGUACUCGCGAUUUAUGAGCCAGCACGGGAAGGACAAGGGAGUUGAGUCUUCUGUAUAUCCGGCAGCGUACGCGUUCUUCCAGCAGCGCGAGAUGGCGGGCAUUAAGACGACCGCGAACAAGAAGGCGAAGAAGAAUGAAGGAGACGCGGCGAAGGAUAGUGUGCCUAGUGUCGAUGAUGUUGAGCUGGAUUUCGAGAAAGAAGAUAAAGUACCAGUAUACGGUAUGCUUUCGCACCACCAUGACGGAAGCGAUGUGAGGACUGACACGCUGAUAGAUACAUGCGACGACGUCCGCAAGAAGAUCAACGUACACCUCAAGAAACCCGGCGUGACCCAGGCUGCGUUCCUUCGCGCAGCCUCAGCGUCCUUCCACAACCCAUCCAAGACCCUCAACGCGCGCCAACUCUCUGCUUUUCGCAGCAAGAAAGGUGCUUUAAACGGCAACACAUCCGGCAUCUACUAUGGUGCGUACGUCUACUUUGAGAAGCUACGCAUCAAAGAGGGAAAGCCCAAGAGCAAGAAGAGGCAGGAGAUGGAGGAGAUACAUGCCAAGGAUGGCGGAAUCGACACAAAACAUAUGCAGGACCGACUUACUACCCUGGAGGGUGACCACUGGCACCAUGAUGCCUAUGGGAGGACGAUUCUCAACGGGGAGAUUCUUGAGUAA